GGCGGGGGGCGGCGGCGCUGCGGCGGGCAUGGCGGGAGCGGCGGGCGGCGCUGCUGGAGCCCCGCUACACCCCGCUGGUGGCCGCCUGCCUCUGCCUGGCCGAGGGCGGUGUCAACCUCUGGGUCAUCCGCAGGGUCCCCUACACCGAGAUCGACUGGAAGGCCUACAUGCAGGAGGUGGAGGGAUUCGCCAACGGCACCCUCGACUACACCCGGCUGAAGGGCGACACCGGGCCGCUGGUGUGAGUGACAGCGACACCAGCUCGCCGGGGCCGGCGGCUCCCCGCGGGGCCGGCCCCUCACUCCGGUCUCCCCACAGCUACCCCGCCGGCUUCGUGUACAUCUUCCUGGGGCUGUACCACGCCACGGGCCGCGGCUCCGACAUCCGCCUGGCGCAGUACAUCUUCGCCGGCCUCUACCUCAUCAACCUGCUCCUCGUCUUCCGCAUCUACUGCCGAACCAGCAAGGUCCCUCCCUAUGUUUUCUUCUUCAUGUGCUGCGCCUCAUACCGCAUCCACUCCAUCUUUGUCCUGCGGCUCUUUAAUGACCCUGUGGCCAUGGCCAUCCUCUUCCUCGCCAUCAACCUCUUCCUGGAGGAGCGCUGGUCCUGGGGCUGCCUCCUCUUCAGCCUGGCUGUGUCCGUGAAGAUGAACAUCCUGCUCUUCGCCCCUGGACUCCUCUUUCUCCUCCUGCAACGGUUUGGUCUCCUGGGCUGUAUCCCCAAGCUCUGCAUCUGUGCUCUGCUCCAGGUGCUCCUGGGCCUGCCCUUCCUGCUGGUGAACCCCGUGGGGUACCUGACCCGCUCCUUUGACCUGGGCCGCCAGUUCCAGUUUAAAUGGACAGUGAACUGGCGCUUCCUCCCAGAAGAGGUUUUCCACAAUCGAGUCUUCCAUGCCACUCUGCUCCUGGCUCACUUGGCAGGCCUGGGGCUCUUUGCACUGCACCGGUGGCACAGUUCCAAAGAGAACAUCCUGACUCUGUUGAAGGAUCCUGCCAAAAGAAAACCCGCAUCCCCUCGCUUGACUGUCAACAGGAUUGUCUUCAUCCUCUUCUCCUCCAACUUCCUGGGUGUCUGCUGCAGCCGCUCCCUGCACUACCAGUUCUACGUCUGGUAUUUCCACACACUGCCCUACCUACUCUGGUGCACCCCCACCACCAAGCUCGCCCACAUGCCCAAGGUGCUGCUGCUGGGCGUGAUCGAGCUCUGCUGGAACACCUACCCCUCCACAGUCUGCAGCUCCCUCUCCCUGCACAUCUGCCAUGGACUCAUCCUGCUCCAGCUCUGGUACGGCACAGCCCCCACGCCAGUGUCACACACCCCUGCACCAAGCAGGAAACCCACAGCCAAGUCCAAGAAAGCCCAGUGAGAGUGGGGAUGGCCGGUGGGAACUGGCCUCUGGAACUGCCCCAUCUGCCUGCUCUUUUCCCACUUGACUCUCAGGCUGCCCACAGCAAUCCCAAGAAGGCCAUGAGCCCUGGAACUGUGCAAAGGGGGCAGGUGUGGGGACCCCAAAAGGCAGGACUUCCCAAAUAAAGGGGGCUUUGUGUGCCCUUUCCCAAAA